AUGGAGGGUGUCGUGGCCGUCUGGGGCAAAUGGGGCAAAUAUUGCUUGAUUGGCGGAAUGGCGAUGAUGAUUGUUGCAUAUGAAUUAGACAAUUCCACAACAUCCACCUACGAAACAUACGCCAUGUCCGAAUUCCGCACCCUAUCCAUGGGCGGCACCCUCGACGUAAUCGGAGCUCUCGUAUCCGCCAGCGUCAAAGUGCCCAUUGCGAAAAUCUCCGACGUAAUCGGACGAGGAGAAACAUAUUGUCUCAUGACAUUACUUCUCAUGAUAUCCUACGUACUCCACGCUCUCGCCCAAGGCUUCCCCAGUUUCGUGGUCGGAUCACUAUUUUUCCUCGUGGGCCAAGCGGGAAUUGCUCUGUUGGAUUUUAUUGUGGUUUCGGAUGUGACAUCGAUGCGAUCGCGAGCGUUGGUGGGGAAUUUGUUGUAUUCGCCCUAUCUCAUCAUCACCUGGCUUUCGGGGAUUAUAGUGGAUCGCGUGAAGGAUGGGAUUGGAUGGAGAUGGGGAUAUGGCAUGUUUGUGUUCAUCACGCCCAUGGGGUAUACGUUGUUGAUCAUGACAUUGCUCUAUUUGCAGCGCAAAGCGAAAGCGGCGGGAUAUGCGACUUCGAAGAGGACGACGUUGAAGGAAUUUUGCUCGCGCAUCGAUCUGGGAGGCUCGUUGUUGUUGACUUCGGGUUUGGCUUGCAUUCUGCUGCCCAUUACGCUGGCCGCCCAGAGUCACGAUCACUGGAAAUCCGCUUGGGUCAGCAUCCUGAUUCUUCUGGGAAUCGUCCUGCUGGUAUGCUUGGUCAUUUACGAAGCCCUGUUCGCUCGCCAUCCGGUCAUGCCCGUCUCGUAUUUCCACAUGCGAGCUAUCAUGGUGGCAUUCUUCGUCAUGUCCAUUGAUGCUUGCGGCUAUCGAAUCACGCAUACAUAUCUCUUCGCGUGGUCCAUUGCAACGCACAACUACUCGGCACGCACUGCAAUGUACUUGACGUACAUCAGUGGACUGACGCAGCUCCUCACGGGCAUCGUGGUCGGCCUUGUGAUUUACAGACUGAGAUUUUACAAGUGGGUGAGCGUGGGUGGCUCGUUUAUUCGAGCGUUUGGAUACGCCAUGAUGAUCCGAGUGCGUACCAACAGCAGCACCACUUUCGAACUUUUCGCCGUACAAAUGAUUCAAGGUCUGGGGAGUGGCUUUCUCGAAACGAGUAUGUUUGUGGCCGCACAGAUCAUGGUGCCUCACGCCGAACUGGCCCAAGUCACAGCUCUCAUCGCCACGGCUUCGCAUAUAGGCGGAGGUGUAGGCUCUGCUAUCGCAGGUGGCAUUUAUACAACAUCCAUGAAAGGCCGACUGAGAGCUCGAUUGGGUCCGGAUGCCACAGAGUCCCAAAUUGAUGGACUCUACGACUCCAUCACAGGGGUUUUGCCAGAAUGGGGAACUGAGGGCAGAACUGCAGUUGCUGCUGCGUACUCGGAUGUCAUAGGCUAUAUGACUGUGGUCUCGCUGUAUGUGGCUUUGCCAGCCAUAAUACUGGCUUUGAUCAUGCCUAAUAAUAAAUUACGAGAUGGAAAAAAUCUACGAGAAGCUGCAGAUGACUCCAGGAAUAUGAGUGAGCCAGAUUCGAGCCACGAUCGGGCAAUGUGACUUUGCUUCUGGGCUCUUUUGAGAGACCAUCAUCGUUCCUGGAGAACCAGAUCCAUCAAGAAUAAAUACGCAGUACCCGGUAGAGCAUCCGAGGCAUUGACCUUGGCACAGAGUUCAUUUGAAUAUGCCUGUCCAGUGUCCAGUGUCGUAUUCCUCGU